CUCACUGUAAAAAAAAUGUCCGUGACGCUACAUACAGACGUGGGAGACAUCAAAAUAGAGCUCUUUUGUGAUGCUUGCCCAAAAGCCUCCGAGAAUUUCCUCGCCCUGUGUGCGAGCGACUACUACAGCGGCUGUGUCUUCAUUCGAAAUAUAAAGGGAUUCAUUGUCCAGACCGGCGAUCCCACCAAUACCGGAAAAAGCGGCCAGUCUAUUUGGGGAACUAAGUUCGACGACGAGUUCAAGGAAACCGUAAAGCACACUGACCGCGGAAUGGUUUCAAUGGCCAACAAUGGGCCGAACGCCAAUGCCAGCCAGUUCUUUAUCACGUACGCAGCUCAGCCGAACCUUGACCUGAAGUACACGCUGUUUGGUCGCGUUAUCGACGGAUUUGAUGCCCUGGAUGAGCUGGAGAAGCUGCCGGUUAACCCCAAGAACUACCGGCCGCACGUAGACAAGAAGAUCAACGGCGUAACCAUACACGCCAACCCCCUGGCGACGUAGGAGACCAUGAGAACAAAGACAAAUCCGAUUGCUUAAAAUGAAACGUAUUUAUAGCUCUUAAGUUACAUGAUAUCUUCACUUACAGACUAAUUGGUUGAGAAACAUAGAAUAUUGUGCAAAAGGGUCUAGGACUAAAUCAGCCGAGUCACAAUAGUUAAUAUAAAAUUGCAUUGCUUUUAGAA